AUGCAGAGCAUCGCCUCCGCCUUCGGCAAGCAGACUGCGCCGCCGACGGAGCAGGCCACGCCUCCGCCCGCGGCGACAGCCGCUGGCACGCCGUCAGCGCCCGCGGCCGCGGAGGUGCCCCAGCAGGCAGCGCCCGCAUCGAAGGCCCCUGAGGUGGCAUCCGCAACAGGUGGUGUCGGGAGUGCUGUAACUGGAGCCGAGGUGGCGAAAGAUGGUGCUGCCAAUCUUGAUGAGAAGCACCCUCAUAAGGCUGAGAAGGAGGAUAAGGGCGAGGAGGAGGCUGAGGAUGAGACUGGCCCUGAUGCAGACGUGGAGUUCGGGGGCGGCGAUGGCAUCGGAGAGGGCGGGGGCACGCGCACCCCUAUCACGGGCGGUGUCGACGCCCUCGCUUCUCUCGGUCUCGGUCCUGCUGAGACCGAUGUGCCGUCUUGGAGCCCUGGCCCGGCGCCUGGGACGCCUGGGUUGCCUGGGCUGAAGUGCGCCCCCGUCGUGAAGGGCGGCCAUGAGCUCGUUUUGCCCGACCCGGCGGCCGAAGAGACAUGGGGCGGCAUGGGCUGCGACGAUUUCGACUGCAAGAAGUGCGGCCUGACCUUGCCGAGCCAUGAGAAGAACGAAGACGAGAGGGUUUCGAAAGACACUUGCGAGAAGUGCGUUAGGAACUAUAAGAACCUGACGAAGCGAUGGAAAAAGAAUAAGCAGCUUAAGAAAUGGUUCAGCGACAAGACCGAAGCGGAGAAGAUGGAAUGGUACGCCAACCACCGCAACCAAGCCAUCCCGGACCAGCGGGAUAGCAAGGAGCUGGUCAGGAUCGCGCUGACUUCCACGAAGGAAGAGGGCGAGGAGGCCAGGUCCAGGACCCACUGGAAGCCGUGGCCCCUCGUUGCCCGCGACCUCGCCUUGGAGGGCUUCGUGGGUCGCCCAGCUCAGGUGGCUGAGUUCCGCCGUCGCUGCAUGUCCAAGCAGUUCGCGGUCAUGCCUGAUCCCAAGAACCGCGGCCAGUGGUUAAUCGGCGAGUACCAGGGCAUCGUAGCUGACCAGAUCACAGCGUCCAGGUCGGGCGCCCAGUUGGCUAUCGCCGCCCUGCCGCAGGACGACUCUGCCAAUGGUAUCGCGCCGCCCGACGCCUUCAUGGAGGCCAUUCACGACUCCCCGAGCGCUGCGCCCAUGACCGCGGAGUCUGUCGGCAACUUCGGCGCCCAGUUCAACAGCUCCUUGCAGUCCCAGCAGGAGCGGAAGGAGGCCCAGAGGCGCUACGAGGCGAUGAUCCUUGCCGAGGAAGUCGAGGCCAGGGCCCACUCGCAGGGCAGUUCGGGCGACAAGGUCACGAACAUCGUGCAGGCGCGCUUCGGGGCGGAGAAGGCGAUCGAGUCGCAGCUGUCCAAGAUGAAGGCUGCGCUGGAGUGCCAGGCUUCCGAGGCCCUCUCGGUCAAGGAGUUCAUCGAGUGCAGGGUUUCCAAGGAAGACUUGGAGAGCGAGACCUGGUCUGCGGUCUACCCGAAGCUCGUCCUGGUGAGGACUAAGUGCGACGAAGAGGUGGCGCGGAUCUCUGGCCGGCAUGCUGAGCUGCAGGCUAGCGUCAGGAGCGUUUCUUGGGAUGGUGACGUCAAGGCCCUUCGCGGCAGCUUGAAGGUUCUCUUCGACUCGCAGAAGGAGGUCCACAGCCACACCGUCGCAACCAAGAGGGUGAUCCAGGACGCGAAGGCGCACUUCUCUAGAAAGGCGGCCGACGCAUCCGCUGCGGGCAAGAAGCGCAAGGCAGAGAGCGAGGCGCCGCAGAUGGAGGUGGACCUUUCGAGCAACCUCGGCCCCGCGAUGCAGGUCCUCGCGGCUGAGGCGCGGGGCUCUCCAGUCGGCGUUCUUCGCGACCUCUCCGAGCUGGCCUUCGGCAAGGCGGUCGUGGUCAGCACCCCCUCGCUGUGCAAGGACGUGGCGGUGGCAUCGGGCUGGAAGGCCUGUGAGGCGUGGAUGCGCACCAAGAUUGAGAGCUGGGGCUCGGCGGGCGCUUCGCCUGCUUACGGCAACGUGGUCCAGCCGGCGGUGUUGGCUCAGAUCCGCCAGCUCAGCAAGCUCGAGAAGAAGGAUGUGGGGUACCUGUUCCGCUCCGCCUUCAUCGCCUCGGGGCCCAAGGAGCAGGCGCUCCACAAGACGCUCUAUGGGGCCCAGUGCUUCAUCCUGCCGCGCUUGCACUCUGCGGUGGCGCCCCUCCCGUAUGGCUUGGCCGAGGCCCGCAUGAUCUUGGAGGGGGAGGAGGUGAUCCUGGGAGUCAAGAUCGACACCGAGAAUCGCGGGCUCUCCAACCAGGUGGAGUACCUGAAAGGCUUGUCUGGCCAUGACAUGCUGACCCUGGGAAGGCAGGACGGUAACUUUUGCUUCGUCCUCUCGAGUGGCGACGUCGCCGUGUUGCCGACUGGGUACGUGUACGCGCAGUUUCGGACAUCCUUGACCAAGGGGAUCAGGUGGGGCACGUCGCCCCCCUGGCCUGAGGAGCUCGUCGUCGUGGAGAAGACCGUCUCCGCCGCGAUGGAGGCCUACCAGGGCAUCCGUGGGACCCUCUACGAGGAGUGGUGGAAGUGGUUGUCGCUCAACGCGCAGAGCGGCAUGGCGGCGUAG